GGGGUUUUCAGCGUUGCUACAACCAAAGCGCCCUCUUCGCGCAGCCGUGGCGUCCCUGGCAUCCGAGCAAAGCAAACGUCAGUUUGUUUAACAAUCGCCGAGUAUAAAAUGCUCCAAUCAUAGAGGAGAGUUGUAGGGGGCUUAAGUUUGAGCGUAGCUCAGGGCCACUAGCAGAAGAGGGUAUUUCCUCGCUGAUCUCUUCCCCCAACAAUUGGGGUUCCUAAAAGCAGAAUACCCUGGGGGGGAGAACAUCGAUGCUAGUAGUUCCGUAGGACAAGCCUAGACCCUCCGUUUUUUCACCCCCUUAUUUUUCCACCUCUGAGGGAGCAAUGGCCGAUACCCUGAGAAGACUGAUCAGCAACGAGACCUGCAGGAUUUUACAGGAUAAAUUGGAGAGUUGGUAUAAAGAGUAUCACAUUAACUCAUGCGAUCAGAAUCUAAACCGAUGCUGUGAAAUCAUGGAACUGAAUGCCAUGAUCCAGGGGCAACUGUUUACAAUCCUCAAUCAAACAACACGAGAAGGUGGACAUUAUGCAGGUGUGGAAACAAUAAAAUCUCGUCUCCUUCCAUGGUUAGGAACUUGUUUUUCUAGCCCCUCUCUUGGAAGGUCCUUUGAAACAAGCUCUUCUCACUUCCAGGAGUCCAUUGAGAAAGAGAGACAGCUGAGGGAACUGGCCAACACUCAGAACCAUGAAAUACAACUGCUGGAGAAAGAACUGAAUGCCACUCGUUUACAACUCAGUCUUGUACAGCAAGAUCUUGCAGAAGCCCAGUUGGCUCUUGAAGACACAAAGACCAAAUCAGCCACCACUCUUUUGGCAGCAGAAGAUGAAAUUGUUCAGCUAAAAGCAGAUCUAAAGGCUUCCCAGGCAAAAGAAGACUGUGCUUUGAGGAGUCUGGGGCAACUGAAUGACUAUGAGCAGCAGGUUCAAAUACUGAAGGAUGAGAUUGCAAUCCUUGGUGCUCAAAAAUCUGUCCUCCAAAGCAGACUUGCACGCAGUCGAUCUCCUUCCCCAAGACCUGUCCGAAGCAGAUCGCCUAGUCCACUUCCAAUGAGAAGUUUCUCACCUGGCCGAGCGAGACUUACAAAUGCUUCCCGUCAUGCUCGCCUUGUGGAACGCUUCAGUGACAUUUAUGCUCAGGAACGCUUGGAUGUUCAAACUCUCUUGAGGAGUUAUGUUGAUGACCUGGAGAUGGUGCAGAGAAUAAUUUAUGUUGCAGCUGUGGAGUCAUUCCAUGCAGCCAAGAUGGCCUUCAGACAGUUCAAAAUGCGUGUUCGGAAAACUUUGUCCCUAAGUUACUCAGGACCUGAAUCACUUGAAGACAUGGUAAUGGACUAUAUUGUUCGCCAGGAGGAUCUGUAUGACGUUCAGUCCAGUGUCAAUGAAGUAAUUCGUGCAAUGAACAUCAAUCCUAAGAUUUCCUUCCCACCAGAAGUUGAUUUUAUCAUGAUCAGUGGUUUGAUACGAGAGUUGUGCCGCAUAGCCUUUUCAAUGCAGACUCUGGAUCCUCCACUUGAUAUUUCAUUUGGUACAGAUGGAGAACUUUUUAGCGAUUACAAGUAUCGUCGCAGUUUUGACUCCGAAUUUACAGCUCCACUGGUGGUUUACCAUGUGUGGCCUGCUCUUAUGGAAGAUGAUUCUGUCAUUGUGAAAGGAGAAGUGGUCACAAGAAGAGGUGCUCUGUGGUCUCACAGGAGUAGAAGCCGAAGCCGUAGCCGCAGCCACAGUCGAGGCCGCAGCCGCAGCGGGAGCCCCCUGUCUCAUAGUGCAGGCCACUCCCGACACUUGCCAUCUAGAAGCCGCAGCCCUUCCCCAUUAAGGAAUGGAAGCCCAAGAAUUUAGAUUAACUGGAAAUGACUUUUUUGAUUCUGUACAUCUGGAUCAGUCUGCUUCUGUGGUGCCUUCUCCGAUCUGAGUACCUCAGUCCUCAUUAAUAAUAAUGUGAACAGCAGUUUUUAAUCGCUCCAAAUGGAGAAUGAUUUAGGAUUGAUUCUUCGUGUGUGUGUGUAACUUUUUUUUAAUUUUAGAAAUGAAUGCAACAGAUUUGAUUAAAUUUUUUGCAUAGGCAUUUAAAUAUCAUAUGCAUUUGAUGUUUUAAAAAAUGAUUGUUUACACAGCUCAUGGGGAAAUAGUUUCUGACACAAGGAAUACAGUGCCAAGACAGGCUAUAUAAUAUGGUCCAACACCUAACAAGAUAACUCUGCCUGACAGCUAUAUUACCUGAGGGCUGUCUGUCACUUGAAAUAGAGUAGUCACUUGAUGGUGCUUAUUUAGGACACAAUUCAGCUGAAGUUAAGCACUGGGACUUAAAAUGGAAGCACUUGGUCUUUAAAAUGCUUAACCGUUGGAUUAUGCCCAGUAAAAGUAUCACUUCUAGAUAAUCCUAUUACAGACUUUGGUUUUGAUUUGAUCUCAGAAGCAUAUGUUCCUGCUGAUGGUUAUAAUAUCUGGUGCUGAUGUCAGCAUGUAUAUCUUCCAAGAGAUCUGAUUCCCUGCUUUCCUUCUAUAUCACAUUUGUAGGGCUAGCCAUAAACACAAGCAACAGAAGUGACUGUUUGGGACCUUGCCCUUUUACAUAGGAUUGGUCCACAUGGAUCAGACAAUUAGUCUAACUAGCUGACCGGGCACGGAGCAUCUGCACCCCUAGUUCUCCACCACCUUGUCCCACUGGCCACCUCCUCAGGCCGGUGCGGCUUUACCCGCCGGCCUGCCUGUCGGCUCCUAACGCCUCCUCUGCACCUGGGCUCCACUGCCCGCCCAAAGUCUGGAACUCUCGUGAGUGGUGCUGCCGCUCUCGUGAGAGUUCCGCGACGCAUCCCCACACAUCCCCAGCGGCACGUCUUGGAGAAUUAAUUAUAUAGAUGAGACUGGUCUCUUACUUCUGAUCCUGAUCCUGGUGCUUUAGCAGAUCAUGGAAUUGCAUUAUAUCAGCACAAAACAGAAUGUGUUUUGCAUGGUUUUCAUAAAUUAUUCAUAACAUGAUUUGAGCCUUUAAAAAAAAAAAGUCUAGCCAUCUCAAUUAUGUCUCUGGCUUCUUGUACGGAACAUACACAACCUGAUAAGAUGGUUCUCUUUAAAUUGUAUUUAGAGCUGCAUAUUUACAAUGAGGUCAGCUCAUAUUUACAAUAAAGUUGCGUCUAGUUUUAAAAAUGUUUCCCCAUUGCAUGAAUAAUAUAAAUGAUUGUGUUAGGUUUAUGCAUGUGUUAAGUGGAUUGGAUUGGACCUAUAAUAAACCUGUAUUUGCAGGCUGUGUUGAGAUGUUUUUAAAAAGAGAUGGAUUACUUAAACUGUAGUGCUAACACUGCUUUACAUCUGUUUUGAUCAUGAGCAGCUCAAAUCCUUAAAGCUCUCCUUAGCAUAAAGAAGAAGAAAACAGCCAAGCGGUUUAUGAGGCUGUUCUCAUGUGCAGCCUAACCUAGGUUAGGGAAGCCCAGCCUGGGUUAGGCUGUGCAUGAGAUCCGCCAGGAUCGGCCCUGAUCCCGGCGGGGCACUACUGCCUAACCUGGGUUUUUAGCCUGGCUUUUAGCCUGGGUUAAGGGAGCAAACGCUCCUUUAACCCAGGCUCCAUGGUCGUUUGUGUCCUAGGGCUGCAUGCAGCCCGAGGAGAAAUGGAGAUGGGCGCCUAGAGUUCCCAUCCCCUGCAGGAAUCCCCCAAUGCACUGUGCUCAGCACGUGGUGCAUUAUGGGAUACCUGGAGGCUGGGACACAUUGUCCUGGCCUCCGGUGCUCCAUGCUGCUUGGUGUAGCACUGCUCAUCUGGGAGUGUGGUCUGUGUUCCCAGCACUGUUCAAGGGAUCAUCUGGCGGCGGGGGGGAGGUAAGGCUUUGCAGCCUUCCCCCACUCCCCAAUGGCCUUGUGAAUACCUUUUAUGAGUCAGUAACACUGGCCCUAGUUUACAGUAACACAUGAGAGAAAUCAAAUCUUUUGUUCAUAAAAAAUAUCUUUACUAUAUUUUCUGGGAUCAAAACCACAGAAAAACCAUGUGUGUGAUUACUUUAUCAAAUGACUUGUUAAUUAAAGCUGCCUUUCCCCCUAAGUUCUAGAAAUUACUAUGGCUUGGAUCCAAAGAGCGACUUAGGCUCAUGCAAGGACCUUGUGCUAGCCUAGAAGAAAGUCUUACUUUUUUCCUUUGAACAACUGACCAGUCAUGCUAUAUCGCAAACUGCUUUUGAAAUUCCCACCUAUUUUAGAAGCAAUUUGCCAUGCAGUACUGGGCUCAGCAUCGAUGUCUGCUGCUGCUCAGAAAAGUCUAAAGACCUCUUGGCUCACAAGAUUGCAGAAUUUAUCCUAUGGUGGCACAUCAAAUGUGUUGAAAGACUGAAGCUAGAGAGGUUGCUUUCUGUCCCGAUAGUUCUGUGCCUUUAACAUGGCAGGUAAAACUUCAGGAAAUUCAGUUUUUUCCCAUGCUGGGAAAAGCUGCACUUUUAAAUUACUGCAAUUGUUAAAGGGCAGACCUGCUAUCAUGAAAUAAUCCUUUCAGCAAACCAAUCUUGUUGCAGCUGUGUCACUUCACAUUGCAGGUGAAGGAUUGCACAUUUGAAUUCUUUAUUUAAAAAAAGGAUUACCUUCCUUGUUGGUGGAAAACUAACAUAUCGGGGAGAGGAUCACAUUUUUAUCCUGGAGGUGCUAGUUUUCUAAAUACUGGGAGGUUUUUAAAAACAUUGUAGGACAUUUUAAAAUAUAAUCCCUUACAUGUAAAAAGGUAAAGUUGUGCCCUCGGGUCGGUGUCAGCUCCUGGCGACCACAGAGCCAUGCGGUUUUCUUUGGUAGAAUACAGGAGGGGUUUACCAUUGCCCUCUCCCAUGCAGUAUGAAUGUAUAAAUGAGUUCUAGUUAAAGCAGAGAUAACCAGACUACUUAUAAGGCUACCCAAAGGUCAAUAUGGAUGCAUAAAGAUGGAGGCCAAAGUAACCAAAUUCAUAAAUUCAAAAAUGUUUAGGACCAAAGAGAAUGGAUUUCGUCUUUACCCAUGUAGUUUGAUUAAAGCAAAUCAAACAAGCAUUUCAAUAACCCACAUUAGGGACAUAGGAAGCUGUCAUAUACCGAGUCAGACCAUUGGUCUAUCUAGCUCAGUAUUGUCUUCACAGACUGGCAGCGGCUUCUCCAAGGUUGCAGGCAGGAACCUCUCUCAUCCCUAUCUUGGAGAAGCCAGGGAGGAAACUUGAAACCUUCUGCUCUUCCCAGAGCAUCUCCAUCCCCUGAGGGGAAUAACGUACAGCGCUCACACUUCUAGUCUCCCUUUCAUAUGUAACCAGGGCAGAUCCUGCUUAGCUAAGGGGACAAGUCAUGCUUGCUACCACAAGACCAGCUCUCCCCUCACAUUAACAAUGGGUUUUCAGACAUUAUACUAGGACUUGAUGUUUGACCACUAAUCAACAGUUCUUGUAUUGGCAGAUAAUAAAAUGUCCUUGAUCUUAGUGCACAAUGUUUAUUCAAAUAGUUGUUAUGAUCUGCAAAUGAAUAUGUUUUGUAGAACUUAUGCUAUGUGAUUUUUCAGUACAGUGUUAUUUGUGAUCAGAGUGAUAAUGCUGAUACACUGGACCACACUGAGAGUAGUUCAUGCUCUGUACACAAUCCUUUUUGGAAUUAAAGUGAUGUAAAUGGGCUCUUUAUUUAAAUCAGUGAUUUUGUGUGUGUGUGAUACAUUGUGAAAAGUUAUGUAAAAAUAGAAAUAAAUACAUCCUGCACAUCAGCACUUUUAAAGCUGAUUCAGAUUCUGUAUCUGCAGCAACUCCCCACUUCCCCUGGAUGACAACUGAUUAACCUAUUAUGAAUAUUUAUAUACAACUUUUCAACAAAAGUGCUCAAAGUUAUUUAUAUAGAAAAAUAAUAAAUAAGAUAGUUGCGUAUCCCAAAAGGUCUCAGUCUAAUAAGGUACACACCAGCAACAACCACUGGAGGGACAGUUGUUCUCCCCUUGCUAAACAGAAGAUAAUUACCACUUUAAAAGGUGCCUCUUUGCUCAGUUAGCAAGGACCCAGUCAAAUCUUACAUCCCUAACUGGUAGAGCCAACCAAAAAUACUUUCUUGCAAUGGUGCCCCACAUGUACAAUAUAAUGGGUUGGUUACCACAAUCCCUGUGAUGCCAGUGGACAGGGAAACAGGAUAUUUUCAAAGUGUGCUCUUCCGAUUUCCAUUCAUAAGAACCUAGAAAUUUUCAGCGAUGUGGGUUGGCACUGUGCCAUCCCAACAUGUGAUGGAAAUAAAUAAUCUUAAGCUUGCUGAUCUCCAUUAAAUGUCAGGUUGGCGCAGUGCCAACCUGAGAUCGCCAGACAUUUCCAGAUUCUUAUGACUGGAAAUUGGGAGCAUGCAGACCUUGGGAAUCUCCCAUUCCUCAGUACAUUGGCAUGGAUUGUGAGGAGCAGUCAAUUGUUUGAAAUCUGCUGACCACGUGGAUAUUGUGGAGGGUAUCCACACUAGUGCUUAACAGACUCUGGGAAUGUGCUAUGCUGGUGUGGAAACUCACCACAUGAUUGGGUUCAUUCCCAUAAUAAGAUAAUUUCAAACAUUACAGUCUGUUAUGUAUCCCCAAUGUGUUUUUCAGUAGCUUGCACGAGAUAGGAUGUGAUUCCUUCCCACACAAACUAUGCCCUCCUUUUGGGGUAGGGCAGUAUUUGCAUCAGGAAGGUGUGAUGUCAUUCUCCCCACCCACAGCCCUCUGUCUUGAUGAUACCAGAAUGGCAUGGGAAGACCAGAAGGAAAUGGCUAAUCAUAUGAAUAGGCCUUGAUAGAAAGCUAGUAGAAUUGUUGUUUGGGUUUCUUAUACCUAUGUGGGUAGAGUUGCCUCCAUGCCUGAGUAUCUUUAAAAAGUCUGAAACAGCAAGAGAGGAUGCAGCUAGUGUGAUCUAGUGUAAGUGCUGGACAAUGGAGUGAGGAGAUCUGGGUUCACAAUUUUGCUCAACCAUCAAUUGUUGGGUCAUUCUGGGCAAGUCACAAACUGUUAGCCUAGCCUGUGUUACAGAAUUGUUUCUCAGUUGUUAGGAAAAAGGGCAGUAACCUCAACAUGACAAACUUAAAGGAAGCUUAUUGUAAUAAUAACUGUACUGUUGUGUUGGAAGGUUUUGUAGAGGAGUACAAAGCUGCAAUGAUGCCCAUUAUUUUGGAACUAUUGACACAAUCAGAACAUUCUGCCACAACAAUCUUAUUUUGACAACAUGUUAAAGAUCGUUCAGAACUAUGCUGAUCUAUGUGUGUUCAAUCAGAAGUCAAUCGUAUUUGUCUUAGUUUUCCUUACGUUUUUAAAAUAUAUGUUCUAUAUUUUGGAUUGUUGUUUCAACGACAGAGCUGUUUUCUUAGCUUGUAUUCAAAUAGCCUGUUUUUAUUUCAUUAAAGGACAUUGAAUAACCAGUAUUUUGUUUGCAGGUAUCUUAUCAUAUACCAUUUGAAUGGAGUGCUGAUAUUGUAUGUUUACAUUGUACUGUGUUUCAUGAACUAUAGCUCACAGACAAGAGGCUUCUGCAAUAUUUCAUAACUAAAGGAGAAGAUCACACACAUUUCCAGCUAUGUCAUGAGAUAAUAAUGAAACACAUUGUGAACUCUUAUGGAUAUAUAGUUAGCUAUUUUUUUUAUCUUAAGAAUGCAUGAUUUUGUUUUAUCACAGCACUAAAACAUUUACCCCAAUGUUUGGCAGCUCUGUGACAGAAAAUGAUGGCUUCUGCAAUUGUGACUUUUGCAAAUGAGAAAUAUAAUAAAUUCUGUUCCAAUCAGAGACGGUUUAAUCACAA